CGCCAUGGCAGGGGGCGUGAGAGCCAAGCGGUAAGGGCGUUGGGGGAACCGAAUGGCGCUAGGUGCGCCUGCGCCUUAGCUCCCGGGGCGGCCGGGGGCGGGGCCCAGAAGGGAGGGAGAGAUCCCGGCAAGGGGAGGGAAGAGGCCGCAGAAGCCCGAGCCUUGACCGACGGGCAGGCGGGGGCUGCGGCGGCGCCGGUGAGUGACCCGCGGCCCGACUCGGUCCCCAACCUCUGCGACCCUCACUCUUCCUGGAGUCUCCCGUAGUCUCCGUUGUCCCCUCCUAAUUUCGGACUUCCAUUAUCUUCAAAGCUCCCCUUAAUUCGUGGCAAUCCCCAGAGCCCCCACAAUCCCCGCAGACCCUAAUCCCUAAUAUUUAAUAGUCCAGCUUGUCCACUGACCUAGGAGCCCCCAACUCACCAUUAUUUAUGGACCUCCCCUCUGAGGACACCUUCCCUCAUUGGUCUUACAGACGUCCCAUUGCCCUGGAACCCCCAGAGUGCUCCUCUGCUCCAAAUCCCCGCUUCUUGCUGCAUUUCCUCUUCAGCAUCUCCUUAUCCCCAUCACCCCCGUGCUUCUUCGACCCGCGAGACAUCCUCAUUCUCCUUACAUUUCCCAUUCUCCUAUGCCCCCAUUCUCCUCUAACUCCUGCAGACACCCCCUCUUCUUCCGCUUUGCCUCAUUUCCCUCCACUCCUUCAGACCCUCCCCCAAUUUGCAUCAACUCCGUGGCCUGGCACUUUGCGCCGCUCCAGGCACUAGAUGAGCGCUCAGCUGGUGUCAUCUAUUAUUAGGCACUCUGACGGUCCCCCGCGGCCCGUCGCCCCCGUCCGCCCUCCAACCCCACCCUAGUCCCCAGGGACAUAGGAGCCAGUGUCGGGGCGGCCAGGGUGGGGCAGGCAGCGCGGAGACGCUGAACCGCUGUCAGCGCCGUGCGCCCUGUGCCCGCAGCGCCGGCGCCCCCCAUGCGCCAGGCAGCCGGACUGCGGCGUCGGGGGGCGCCAUGGCCUCGGCGGCGGCGGGCGAAGCGGAAGAGACCACCCGGCUGCGCAAGCCGCGCUUCUCGUUCGAAGAGAACCAGAUCCUCAUCCGUGAGGUGCGCGCCCACUACCCUCAGCUCUACGGCGCUCAGAGCCGUCGGGUGAGCGUGGCCGAGCGGCGGCGUGUGUGGGACGGCAUCGCCGCUAAGAUCAACGGCAUUACCAGCUGGAAGCGCACUGGCCAGGAGGUGCAGAAGCGCUGGAACGACUUCAAGCGCCGCACCAAGGAAAAGCUGGCCCGUGUGCCGCACUCCACGCAGGGCGCCGGGCCUGCCGCCGAGGACGCCUUCUCCGCGGAGGAGGAGACCAUUUUUGCCAUCCUGGGACCGGGUGUGGCGGGCCCAGGAUCUGGUGCAGGGGCCGAGCAGCCCCCAGCGGCCGCCUCCUCGCAGCCGCCGGCCCCAAGCGCCUGCGCCCAACGCUAUGUGUUGUCUGAGGACCGCAGGGAGGAUCGACGGGCAGAUACACCAGCCCACAGCAAGGGGGGCACCAGCAGCCCAGAGCCUUGGGCCCGGCCCUCCUGCAAUCCCCAGGAAGGGGGCUGCCAGCCACCCAAGGAGCGUGAGUCCUCGCCCCCGCCAGCCCUGCAGACCGUUCAGCUGCCCCGUCUGGCCUUGUCUCCACCACCCCCAGCCCCUCCACCACGGCCACCAGCCCAGCCACCGCAGCAGGUCCAAGUGGCACCCUCGCCCCCCAGCCCCCCACCCCCUCCACUGCCUCCGCCUUCGGCCCCAGACCCCUCCCUGGACUUCCUACGGGCCCAGCAGGAGACUGCCAAUGCCAUCCGGGAGCUGGCCGGCACCCUCCGGCAGGGACUGGCCAAAUUGAGCGAGGCCCUCAGCGCUCUGCUGCCCCUAUUGCCAGGAACCCCAGCUGACCCGCUGCCCCCACCUCUGCCCCAACCCCCACCCCCGCCUCCACCCCCUAGGCCUGUCCUGUCCCCACCCUCCCCCAAGGUGGAGGUCACCCCAGAACCAGUGUCCAUGGUGGCUGCUGUCGUGGAUGGGGCCUUGGUGGCAGCCAGGGGGGUGAUCAUUGGUCCUAGGAGCGAGGAAGGGGCCCCCCGGCCGCCCCCAGCCCCCCUCCCUCCCCAUGAUUCCCCCCCACACAAGAGGAGGAAAAGCUUCCCUACACGGAAGAGGCGGGGGCGAUGGAAAUCUCCAUGAAAUCAGCUCUUCGGCUGAAGCUUGUCUGCACACCUUCUGCCUGCACCUCCUCCCCCAGCUUAGCCCUGUGGAGGAGGGCAAUACACCUUCUCCAUUCCAGCUGCACCCUGGCUCCCUGCUGCAGGGGCACAAGAGAGCCCACUCCCUGUACUAGUUAGUGCCUGAUUCUGGGGGGACCUCCUUGAUGAGCCCCCCAGCCCUUUCUCCAAUACGGCGCUGUCUGCCUGGCUGCUUCCCUUAACCCUGACUUCUAAGCCAUCGAUCUUAUGUUAUUUAUUAUUGCCCUUUGUGGGUUGCGGAGGGAGCCUCUUGGAUCUGCACAUCCCCCCUCCCCUAACUCCUGGCCUUGACUUGAAGAGAAUUGACCCACCUCCCCAACCCAGACUUUGGAGGGGGUGGGGGUUGCAAGACAAAUCAGAAUAUGGAUGAAGAGGAUACUGCACUCUGUACCCUAGGGAGAGGGGGGCGGAGUCUUGCUGGGGAGGUGUAGGUUGAACCUUCUGCCUCCCAUUGCAGUCUCUGACCUCCAGAGCUCAACCCCCUCCAUUCUCCCCAGUGGUGACAAGAUAUCAAUAAACUUAUUUUUAAUACAA